AUGUGUGGGAUUUUCUUCUCACUGAGCUCCUCUGGUGGCGCAUCUCCAACGCAGGAGACUUGUGAACUGCUACAGAAGCGAGGACCGGACAGUCACACAACACAUACAGUGCAAAAGGACAUCAAGGCCCAAGAUGGAGCAUCCUCUGCCUACCAUCUCACUUUCAUGUCCACAGUGCUGUCGCUGAGAGGCGAUCAUGUGUACAAACAGCCUCUCGUAGACUCAGAAACCCAGUCCGUGCUCUGCUGGAACGGAGAGGCCUGGAAAAUCCAAGGCGAGCGUGUGCAGGGCAAUGAUACCGAGCGAGUCUUCAACUUAUUUUUGCAGGCAGUGAAACACGAUGCUGUGGAAGGGAUAGCUGAAGCUAUCUCAUGCAUCUCCGGCCCAUUCGCCUUCGUCUUCUACGACGCCGUCAACGCCAGGCUCUACUAUAGUAGAGAUUGCCUGGGUAGACGAUCUCUUCUCCAGGGAGUUGACCACAAUGGAAACCUGAAGAUAUGCAGCAUUUGCGAUAGCGCAUCAGCAGAUUGCUUCCAAGAAGUCGGCACUGACGGGAUUUACACUAUUGACUUAGAUAAUACCCUGACUUCCCGGCCCUGCCAGUCCAAGACCAUGCCAUGGGGCUCUGGCCGUCUUAAACAACCAAUUCCACCCAUGAACAAAUCAGUGCCAGAUGAUCCACCAGCAUUGACAACAGACUCUGCAUUCGUCUUAGAGCUCCAAUCCAGACUCCGCCAAUCACUAGAGCUACGCAUCCAAAACAUCCCAGAACCCCCAAACUACACCCCAGGCCAGAGUGCCAAGACCGCCGUCCUGUUCUCCGGUGGCCUCGACUGCACCCUCCUAGCAAGACUCUCUCACGAGAUCCUCCCCCCAAACGAACCAAUCGAUCUUCUAAACGUGGCAUUCGAAAAUCCCCGCGUAGCAGCAGCCGCAAAACUCAACCAGAAAACACCAUCCAACCUCUCAAUCUACGAAAACUGCCCAGACCGCAUAACAGGCCGCUCAGCACACGCCGAGCUCCAAAAAACAUGCCCAGGUCGCACUUGGCGCUUCGUCGCUAUCGACAUCCCCUACUCGGAAUGUCUAUCCCAUAGAGAUCACGUCAAGCGCCUCAUGAGACCACAUAACACAGAAAUGGACAUGUCAAUCGCAUGCGCUCUGUACUUCGCUUCCCGUGCCCACGGCUCAGCAACCACAGACCCACUCAUUCACUCUGGCUCCCCGUACACGAGCUCCUCGCGCGUUCUCCUCUCCGGUCUUGGGGCUGACGAGCUCUUCGCCGGCUAUGGCCGACAUGGCGUUGCCUUCACGCGCGGAGGAUUCGAUGCCCUGAUUGCUGAGAUUGAGCUCGAUGUGAGUCGGCUUGGUUCGCGGAAUCUAGGAAGGGAUGAUCGUGUUCUUUCCCAUUGGGGGCGGGAAACGCGAUUUCCGUUUUUGGACGAGGAGUUCGUGGCUUGGGUUGUUAGUGCGCCUGUUUGGGAGAAGUGUGGGUUUGGACUUCCUGGUGAAGAUACACUUGGUAUUGAUAGUGAGAAGCUGGCGUUAAGGCUGGUUGCUCUGAGAUUGGGGAUGGAGUCUGUGGCUCGGGAGAAGAAGAGGGCUAUUCAGUUUGGCGCGAGAACGGCUAAAAUGGAGACGGGGAGGUCGAAGGGCACAGAUGCGUUGACUUGA